AUGACCAGUGAGAAGAGAAAAAAUUGGAAAUGUCAUGUGUGCAAGCCGCGUAGCAGAUCACCCACCAACCUUUACCAAGUUGUAGUCUUUGACGAAAACAAUCAACAGCAAAAACAACAGCGUCAAGAUGAUAGUUUCGAUGAUAAUGAAGGAGCGAAGAAAUAUAAAGAGUCAUUGUCUCUUGAAGUUGUUAAUGGUAAACUAAACACCCUACAAACAAAUCUGCAGGAGAUAAAAGCGCAAAUAGAGAUGCUAGUAACUAGUGUAAACAGCUUGCACUCUCAAAUGAAAAAUGACGUCCAGGUAGCCCUAUCAACAAUAACCAACUCAAUCUCUACUUUAGUAGCGCAAGUCAACGAACUUAAUGAAAAAGAUAAAAUAAAAGAAAAGCAAAUAAACUCUCUGGACACACGUAUCAAUAAAAUAGAUCAACAUAUGAUCGCACAAAACAUUGAAAUUAAAAACGUCGAAGAUAAACAAAUAAAGCCAAUCGAUGUUGUUAAAAAAAUAGCAGCUACUCUAAACGUUGAAAUUAGCGAAAGAGAUAUUAACCAGGCCUUUCGUUUGAGAAAUCAAAACAACAAAAUUGUCGUCGAAUUUUUCUCUCUGAGGAAAAAGCUAGAACUAAUGAGCAAAAUCCAGAGACAUAGAGUAGACGCAAACAUAAUCAACAAUAAUGAUAAUAAUAGUAGCACAACUAAAUACAUAUACAUUAAUGAUGAAUUAACAAACUACUAUCGUCGGUUGUUAUGGAUAGCGAAGACCAAAGCCCGUGAUGCCCACUGGAAAUAUGUUUGGGUCCGAAAUGGUAAAAUAUUCGCUCGUAAAUCCGAAAAUAGCCCCUCGAUAGUAAUCAACAACGCCACUGAUAUUGAAUCCAUAACAACCACAGUUCAAAUUUAA